UCAUCAGAGGAGCUGCAGUCACCAACACCGUCAAUAAGAUGCAGAUGUCACACAGAUCUGUGCAGUGGCUCGCUGUCAUGCUUCUCGUUCUCUUCACAUCUGGCCAGUGCCAACAGGAGAGCCGCCGAGCUGUGACUGAACACCAGCUCAUGCACAACCGUGGACAGAGCAUCCAGAGUCUCAAGAGACUCAUCUGGCUGUCCAGUGCCAUUGAGGGUCUCCACACCGCCCAGACCCGCUCCGCCACUUUCAACCCCACUAAGAUCCUGAACUUGGAUCUGAAUCCAGCGCUAGUCCCUGCUGCUCGGACCCCUCAACCUGCACGGGUGCAGAACCUCCUCAGAGACUUCUUUAAUCCCUACCUGACUCACCUGACAGACAGAGAACCCUAACAGUGACGCAGAGAAAUUGUAUCUGCUGAAGAAAUUCAGCUAUAGACAUAUCCAAAGUUCUCAAAAAACUCUCUCAGUUUUUGUGUCAGACAUGACUGCAACAACAUUUGAGGUCCAUGCAUGUUUGAGAAUGUCGGUGUCUUCAUAUGAAAACAAAUUCAAAAUGUGCUUUUUUUGGAAACGUAUAGCUCGGUCAUUGUUGGUCAUCUUUGAGCUGCAAAUUUCCUGACGCACAAAUGCCAUGUUUGUAAAUAAAGAAGUCCUUAUUCUAAUGCCCUGUUGUCACACUAUCAGUCUGUACCUGAAAUCCACUUCUUGGUGUUUGCUAUAUUCUUGUUAUAGUUGUUUCUUCUCUAUGGAUUAUUUGUGUUUCGAUAUGAAAAGAAGAAGAAAUAAAAGCCAAAAGGCUAAA